AUGAUACUGUGGAUGGCUGCAGUGAUGGGUCUGAGGAAAAUGAAGUUGAUCCACAAAAAGAGAAAGCCAGGAUACGCAGCGUACCAGGGCGAAGCCAGGAUGGAACCCUUUGCAGACAUUGCAAGGAGCCUGAAACCCUUCCGCAUGUCCUUGGCUCUUGUCCCUUUGGUGCCUUACUGCGUAAUGCAAGACACCAUGCUCACAGUUUCUAUUUGCAACACUGUUCUUGGAGAACAAUCAACUUUUGUGGAGAGAUUUGCGUGGAAAUCAUUGGAUUUUGACUUCGGGGAAGAUUGGGUUGCGGAGGCAGCUUUAAAUCAGAAGCUGUUCCAACCAGAGAACAACCUCCCCGUGGGCAUCGAGGUGUGGCGCAACAAGCUCUUCAUCACUGUCCCAAGAUGGCGAGAAGGAGUGCCAUCAACAUUGAACUAUGUUGAUUUGUCAACUCCGGACACUUCACCCAAACUUCGACCCUACCCCGACUGGGCGACUAACCGUGAGGGAGACUGUGAAGGGCUUACCACCACGUACCGGGUGCGGGUGGACCGCUGUGACCGACUCUGGGUGCUGGACUCCGGGGCCGUGGGUCUGGGUAACUCAACCAAGCAGCUGUGUCCUCUCGCCAUCCAUGUGUUCGAUCUCCACACAAACACUAGACUGAGGAAGUACAACCUGAGGAAGGACGAUACCAACAGCAACUCCUUCAUCCCCAACCUGGUAGUGGACGUCGGUGAUUCUUGUGAGAACUCAUAUCUCUACCUGGCCGACGCUCUAGGCUACGGUCUCAUAGUCUACUCCUGGCAGGCCAACGACUCCUGGCGGUUCCAACAUGGCUACUUCAUGCCUGACCCCCUGGCAGGCGACUACACUGUCGGAGGAGUCAACUACCAAUGGAGCAACGAGGGAGUGUUUGGGCUGGCUUUGAGUCCUCCCCACUCCAACGGGCUUAAGACGCUCUUCUUUCAUCCACUGUCCAGCUACAGGGAUUUUUACGUUUCCACCAAAGUUCUUCAGAACAAGACCAAAGUUGACAACAGUUUCCGAGACUUCUACCUCCUGCCAACCAGAGGUUCGGCCGGCCAUGUCUCCACUCACGUAAUGGACGAUCACGGAGUCUUGUUCUACAACUCCAUAGACAAGUCCUCUGUUGCAUGCUGGGACUCCUCCAAACCUUACCGCAAUGAGAAUUUACUCACUUUGAUGAAAGACGAGGAACGGUUGAUAUUUCCCAGUGAUAUCAGAGUAGACAGUUUACGAACUUUGUGGGUGAUCUCAGACAGAAUGCCUGUUCAUCUCUUCUCCAGUUUGAACUACACGGAUUACAAUUUUCGUGUUUUCUUCUCUCCGAUCGAACCACUCAUCGCCGGGACUGUUUGUGAUCCGUCCUUACCUGAGUAUAGGCUUACACCAUCUUUGGACCAGGGCCUCUAUGUGUGA